CUAGAAGCAGGGACUAGGGGAACGAAAGGAGGUGUAAAUAGAAUACGAAAGCUCUUGGUCUCUCUCUCUAUCCGCUCUCUCCUCUCUUUUAGUAAAUUAAUGAAUGAAUGAUUAAUUAGGACAUAAAUAGGCUACACGGAAUCCACCGGGACAAGGAGACCUGCUCCAAGCUUUUGAUACUCAUUUUAGCCCAAUGAGACAUAUGUAUAUUUAUUCAUGUACAUAUUUACAUUGGUAGGACUACAAGCAGGACCAGCAAGGCUUUUUAGAUUUUUUUAUUUUUAUCAAUAGGGUACUUCGUUCGGAAGCUUCUAUACAACGGCCACCAAGAUUGCGCUGCUGCUGCCGCCGCUGUUACCACAACUCAUUGCUGGUCCGAAGAUGGCAACUUUAACAAAUGGACAGGUGGACGGCACAAACGGGCUAGUGAACGGAUUAAGCCACAGCCACAGUCCAGCGGGCUGCGGGGGCACCAUCCCCAUGAAGGACCACGACGCCAUUAAACUGUUCAUCGGGCAAAUACCGCGCAACCUGGACGAGAAGGACCUCAGGCCGCUCUUCGAGGAGUUCGGCAAGAUCUACGAGCUCACGGUGCUCAAGGACCGCUUUACGGGCAUGCACAAAGGCUGUGCCUUCCUUACCUACUGUACCAGAGAGUCAGCCCUGAAAGCUCAGAAUGCCCUCCAUGAGCAGAAGACCCUGCCAGGGAUGAACAGGCCUAUCCAGGUGAAGCCUGCGGACAGCGAGAGUCGAGGAGAAGACAGAAAACUCUUUGUGGGCAUGCUCAACAAGCAGCAGUCUGAAGACGAUGUGCGAUGUCUCUUCGAGUCCUUCGGCAGCAUUGAAGAGUGCACCAUCCUUAGAGGUCCUGAUGGAAACAGUAAAGGUUGUGCGUUUGUAAAGUACUCCUCUCACGCUGAAGCUCAGGCAGCUAUCAGUGCACUACACGGCAGCCAGACAAUGCCCGGUGCAUCCUCAAGUCUGGUGGUGAAGUUUGCCGACACAGAUAAGGAGCGCACCAUCCGGCGCAUGCAGCAGAUGGCUGGUCAAAUGGGCAUCUUCAACCCCAUGGCCCUGCAGUUUGGGGCCUACGGGGCCUAUGCACAGGUGCAGCAGCAGCAGGCAGCGUUGAUGGCGUCAGUAGGGCAGGGGGGCUACCUCAGCCCCAUGGCAGCCUUUGCCGCUGCACAGAUGCAGCACAUGGCCACCAUCAACGGCCUCCCAGGGGGGCACAUGACCCCCACGUCAGGUGGCAGUACCCCCCCUGGUAUUGGCGCCCCCACAGUGACCAGUAUCCCCUCGCCCAUCAGUGUGAAUGGUUUCGCUGGGAUGCCCCCCCAUCAGGCCAAUGGGCAGCCCACUGCCGAAGCUGUGUACACCAACGGGAUACACCCCUAUCCUGCUCAGAGUCCCACUGCAGCAGAUCACCUACAGCAGGCUUACACAGGAGUCCAGCAGUAUGCAGCAGCCUACCCUGCUGCAUAUGGCCAGAUCAGCCAGGCCUUUCCCCAGCCUCCUCCCAUCAUCCCACAACAGCAGAGAGAAGGGCCGGAGGGCUGUAACCUGUUCAUCUACCACCUCCCUCAGGAGUUUGGGGAUGGCGAGCUGAUGCAGAUGUUCCUGCCUUUCGGAUUUGUGAGCUUCGACAACCCAGGUAGUGCCCAGGCUGCCAUCCAGUCAAUGAAUGGCUUUCAGAUCGGCAUGAAGAGACUCAAGGUGCAGCUCAAGAGGCCGAAGGACGCCAACCGCCCCUACUAGCCACUCCUAGCCACCCCUGCCCUGGGGGAUAAGGCAGAUGCUGCACACAGGGAAACACAGGUUUUUGUUGAGCUGGAACAUAUGUUGAUUACAUGAACAACACCAUUGAACUGAAGGAUCACCGGGACACAGGUAUUCUUUGAGGCUGGUAUGAAACUGGAUCAGAUACUGGGCUGAACAUGAACAAAUAGAUGACCAAGUAACAGAAAAUUCUGUUGGAUGUACCUUUUGGACCUCAGAAAACUCCUGCAAGCCUGGGUAGCUCCAGGGCGCCGACUGUCUUUAUCGCCUCCCCUCCUCUCUCUCUCUACCUAACCACACCUGAACGACAGCUACCUUACAGGACCACAAGUGAGGUAUUAUUUAAAUAAAAAAAACACG